AUGCCUUUCCUCCUCUCCCCCGCUCUUUCUCUCCUCCUCCUCCUCUUCUUCCUCUUCCUCUCCACCAUCGCCGGCAUCUCAGCGGUCAACGACACCCACGGGAGGCCAGUCGGAGCCCUCAAGCUGGAAAGGAUACAAAGGCACCUCAGCAGAAUCAACAAGCCGACCGCGAGGACAAUCGAGGUGAGCCAAACUCGGCUUAGGGUUCUUUGCUCCCCACCUCGUCUCCUCGAGUCUCUGAGUCACCGACGUUCUGCUGCAGAGCCCCGACGGCGAUAUCAUUGACUGCGUCCACCGCCACAAGCAGCCCGCUAUAGACCAUCCACUUCUCAAGAACCACAGAAUCCAGGUACUCCGAUCCACCUUCCUCUUCCUCCUCUUCGUCUUCUUCUUCUUCUUCUUCUUCUUCUUCUUCUUCUUCUUCUUCUUCUUCUUCUUCUUCUUCUUCUUCUUCUUCUUCUUCUACUUCUUCUUCUUCCUCCUCCUCUUCUGAUUCUUCUUUUUCUUCCUCCUCUUCUUAUUCUUCUUCUUCUUCCUCCUCUUCUUAUUCUUCUUCUUCUUCCUCCUCUUCUUAUUCUUCUUCUUCUUCCUCCUCUUCUUUUCUUCUUCUUCUUCCUCCUCUUCUUAUUCUUCUUCUUCUUCCUCCUCUUCUUUUCUUCUUCUUCUUCCUCCUCUUCUUAUUCUUAUUCUUCUUCUUCUUCCUCCUCUGCUUCUUCUUCUUCUUCGUCCUCCUCUUCUUCUUCUUCCUCUUCCUCUUCCUCUUCCUCUUCUUCUUCUUCUUCUUCUUCUUCUUCUUCUUCUUCUUCUUCUUCUUCUUCUUCCUCCUCUUCUUCUUCUUCUUCUUCGUCCUCUUCUUCUUCUUCUUCUUCUUCUUCUUCCUCUUCUUCCUCUUCUUCUUCCUCCUCUUCUUCUUCUUAUUAUUUUUCAUCGUCUGUUAGAGGGUUCCUCCACGGCGGCCGCGGCCAAAGAGCGACGGGGGACCGGGGAACUACACUGGCGGCGGGGUCGGUCCCAGGGGGGCAUGGCAGACGUGGCACCACGUGGGGCACUGUCCGAAGGGGACGGUGCCCAUCCGGAGGAGCUCCGUGGACGACGUGCUGAGGGCCAGAUCGCUGUACCACUUCGGGAAGAAGCAGUGGCGGCUGCCCCUUGCCCGGGACGUUGACGCGCCGGACGUGGUCAGCGGCAACGGCCACGAGGUAAGUCUCCGCCGUGAUCGAAUGAGUCCUCGCCGGCGACGGCGGUCAAUCCCCGGUGACCUUCUCCUUCAUGGGUGUGCAAUGACCCUACCUCUCUCUCUUCUUCUAUCCAUGGUCGUCGCAGCAUGCGAUAGCCUACACGGCGGCGGCGGGCGAGGUCUACGGGGCGAAGGCGACGAUCAACGUGUGGGAUCCGACGAUCGAGGGGCCGAACGAGUUCAGCCUCUCGCAGAUUUGGAUCCUCUCGGGGUCGUUCGACGGCUCGGAUCUGAACAGUAUUGAAGCCGGCUGGCAGGUACUCCCUCUUUUGAAUCCCUCCUCGCGAUCUCUCCCUCCUUCACAGGGAGUGUUGAAGUCAAUAAUAAAAAAAUAAGAAAUUAGGGUUAGCAUUAAUUGCCGCUUUGGAUGGCAAUUUAAGAACACGCCGGUCGAUUCCGGUAAAAAAUCUCGCCGCCGGGUCGGUUCGAUUUUGCGUGAAGUCUCCCAGUUCAUAAAUUCGGUCACUUCGGUGUUCAAUUCCUGUUAGAUGUCGUAAACUUGGAUGAAUGGAAAGGUUGAGGAGGGAGAGAGAGAGAGUGUGAGAGAGAGAAGUAAUGGAAGGAGCUGGUCGCCGGUGGGUGGGAACCUUCCCGCCUGGGGCAAUCAAUGGAACGCCCGGCAGGCAUGUUGAGGCUGUCGGUGGGCCGGGCGAGGCUCAGGUAAUGCAAUGCGGGCAGCUCUCAUCAUGACGCCGCUGUGGCUAGCGGCGGCGGCGGAGGUGCAGUGGGCACUGGGCAGCGCCGCCGCAUGUGCUCUCUUUCUUCCUUAGUGGUGCAGAAAUCUAAAGCGAGAGAGACAGAGAGAGCGGUGGAAGGAGGGGGGAGAAGGGUGGUCUUCUGAAGCUUUAUGUUUUUCUAGUCAGGUCAGCCCUGAGCUUUACGGAGACAGCAGGCCGAGGCUCUUCACUUACUGGACGGUGUGUCCCUCUUCUUCACCUUUUCCUCUGGUUUCUCCUCCGAUGAUCGCCGGAGCGCUGACAGUCUUCCCACUGCAGAGCGACGCCUACCAGGUCACCGGCUGCUAUAACCUCCUCUGCUCAGGCUUCGUCCAGACGAACAACAGGAUUGCCAUCGGCGCCGCGAUAUCGCCGGUCUCCUCCUACUCAGGCGACCAGUUCGACAUCACCAUCCUCAUCUGGAAGGUAAUCUCCGGCGACCCCAAAGCUUCCCUACCCUCCUCCAUUGACUCCAUUUGAGUUGUUGCAGGAUCCGAAGCUGGGGAACUGGUGGCUAGGGUUCGGGGAUAACACGCUGGUGGGGUACUGGCCGGCGGAGCUCUUCACCCACCUGGCGGACCACGCGACGAUGGUGGAGUGGGGCGGCGAGGUGGUGAACAUGCGGCCCAACGGUGCGCACACGGCGACGAGGAUGGGUUCGGGGCACUUCGCAGAGGACGGCUUUGGCCGUGCUAGCUACUUCCGCAACCUGGAGGUAGUCGACGGCGAUAAUAGCCUCACCGCCGCCGACUCCAUCGCCACCCUUGCAGAGGACACCCACUGCUACAACAUCAGGAGCUCCACCAGCUCCGAAUGGGGGGUGCACUUCUACUUCGGCGGUCCCGGCAACAACCCUAAGUGCCCAUGA